AUGUCUGAACCAAAAACAAUUAUUGAUACACCAGAAACAGUCGACAAUGUUGAGGAAAUUAAAACCACAACUGGCCAAUUCAACAGUUUGGUGCAUCAAAUAAUGGAUAAUAACCCAUAUUUUGCUGCUGGUGGUGGAUUGAUGCUUUUAGGCUCUGCAUUAGCUCUUGCAAGAUCCGGAUUUAAGGGGCUAAGUAGCUUAUUGUAUAGGCAAUUAAUUGUUGAUUUAGAGAUACCAAGUAAAGAUAAAUCCUAUUUAUGGUUCUUGCAAUGGAUGGGUCAGCAUCCUAACAGGUCAUCAAGACAUUUAAGUGUGGAAACAAAUUUUAUACAACAUGAUAAUGGGUCUGUUAGCACAAAAUUUCAAUUGGUUCCGGGUCCAGGAAACCAUUUUAUUAAGUACAAGGGAGCGUACAUAUUAAUUAAAAGGGAAAGAAGCGGUAAAAUGAUCGAUAUGACUAAUGGCGCACCAUUUGAAACUGUCACUCUAACUACCUUGUACAGGGAUAGACGUUUAUUUGAUGAAUUAUUAAAAGAAGCAAAGGAUUUAGCUUUUAAAAGUAACGAGGGGAAAACAGUUAUAUAUACAAGUUGGGGACCCGAAUGGCGACCAUUUGGUCAACCAAAGGCUAAAAGACUAUUACCAUCCGUUAUUUUAGAUAAAGGUGUAGCUGAAGGUAUUGUUUAUGAUGUUAAAGAUUUCAUGAAAAAUGGAGAAUGGUAUUUUGAAAGAGGCAUUCCUUAUAGGAGAGGAUAUUUAUUAUAUGGCCCUCCAGGCAGCGGUAAGACAAGUUUCAUACAAGCAUUGGCCGGUAGUUUGGACUACAACAUUUGUAUUAUGAAUUUAGCAGAGGCUAAUUUAACUGAUGACAGACUAAACCACUUGAUGAAUAAUAUCCCAGAAAGAAGUAUUCUUUUAUUGGAAGAUGUUGAUGCUGCGUUCAACCACAGAGAACAAACCGCAGAAAAUGGGUUUAAAUCCGGAGUUACCUUUAGUGGAUUAUUAAAUGCUUUGGAUGGUGUCACUUCUUCUGAAGAAACAAUAACGUUUAUGACCACAAACCAUGUUGAAAGAUUAGAUCCUGCAAUUAUGAGACCUGGUAGAAUAGAUUAUAAGGUUUAUAUUGGCAAUGCCACUAGUUAUCAGAUUGGACAGAUGUUUUUGAAGUUCUACCCUGGUGAAAAUGAGUUAUGUGAAAAAUUUGUUAAAAAGGCUACGGAUUUGGAUGUUCCAAUAAGUACUGCCCAAUUACAAGGCUUAUUUGUUUUCAAUAAAAAUAGCCCAGAAAAUUCAUUAAAUAUGGUGGAAACUUUAAAGUCUCCGAAUCAUGUUUUCCAGUAA